GACUAGCACUAGCCGAACAAAUCUAUCCCGUGACUAUCACGUUAAUCACAGCAUGACAAGAGCAUCUGCAUGGUGCGCCUGUUUUGUGAAGGGUUAGGCGACUUCUUGCAUCUUUAUUAGUAUUCUUGCUCUAGUUGUCAUAAUGGCGAAUACUGGGGCUGAUGGUAUCAACGAGACCGGUAUUGCGGCCAGCCAAGAUCCAGCCGCGCAGCAGCCAGAAUGGGAUGGUGAACAUCUCCAGGAGGCAGAGAAAACACUGAAGGAGAUGUAUAUUCAGCUCCGACAACUCCGUUCAACGAUCCCAAACCUUGUUGCAUCCCUAGCCACCAAGCAAGCGUCCCCUGAAAUCCUCUUCCAACAGCUCAGUCAAGCUGCCUUGGCGGCCAACUCGAAAGUAAAGCAGUUCCGGGAAAUCAUGGAGAACCCCCAGAGCCGCAAUCUUUUUGAACAUGCGAGCCAGAGCAGGGCAAAGAAUCCAGCUGGCAUUACGCCGUGGAGAAUUACGGAUGAUCCGGAUUGGUUGAAGCGGGACUCAUGAGGUGGAAAUGAUUAUCUUGGUGGUUGAAGGGGGAUUAAUUGCGUGGGAAUGACUACCGUGGAGUUGCAUACGGCGCGCCUAUGAGGAUAUUUACGGUAUAGAAGUGGACAAUGCCACAUUCUUUGUAUAUAUGACAAUCGGUUUUUGGCAAGAAGGAUGUUACUGGCGUUGGAAUGGAAGAUUACUGGAUUGUUAUUGUCUUGCCGGGGCCUGAGGGAGGGACUAUAUACUUGAGCAAGUGUUGGCAAUCCUAUCGAUUUGAGAGCUUUUCAGGAGUUUGUUUUAGAAUUCGAAUGGGCAGCAUAAGGAAAUGAAUGGGCAGCCAAAGGCAUCAAAUCUACACGCUAUGCACUCUGCCAUCAUCGAA